AUGGCCACCGCACCAACACCGCGUGAAGAGUUCGUCUACAUGGCGAAACUCGCCGAACAAGCCGAACGUUACGAAGAAAUGGUGGAGUUCAUGGAAAAAGUAACCGCCGCCGUGGAAAGCGAGGAACUCACUGUCGAGGAAAGGAACCUCCUCUCCGUCGCUUACAAAAACGUGAUCGGAGCACGACGCGCUUCGUGGAGGAUCAUCUCCUCCAUCGAACAGAAGGAAGAAAGCAGAGGCAACGACGAACACGUGGCGGUCAUCCGUGAUUACAGAUCUAAGAUCGAAACUGAACUUUCCAACAUCUGUAACGGUAUUCUCAAACUUCUUGAUUCACGUCUCAUCCCUUCUGCUGCGCUAGGUGACUCCAAGGUUUUUUACCUUAAGAUGAAAGGUGAUUAUCAUAGGUAUCUUGCUGAGUUUAAGAGCGGCGCUGAGCGUAAAGAUGCCGCUGAAAGCACUCUCACUGCUUAUAAAUCUGCUCAGGACAUUGCAAACACUGAGCUGCCUCCAACUCACCCUAUCAGGCUUGGUCUUGCUCUGAACUUCUCCGUGUUUUACUAUGAGAUUCUUAACUCUCCUGACAGGGCUUGCGGCCUUGCAAAACAGGCUUUUGAUGAGGCUAUAGCUGAGUUGGAUACAUUGGGAGAGGAGUCAUACAAGGAUAGCACUUUGAUUAUGCAACUUCUCCGUGAUAACCUCACCCUUUGGACCUCUGAUAUGCAGGAUGACGGUGCUGAUGAAAUCAAAGAAGCUGCACCUAAAGGCAACGAUGAACCACAGUAA